AUGCGUCCAACUAAAUAAUAGGAUUAUUAAUUAAUAACUCCUAGAUCUCCAGAAAAGAUUCUCAAAAAAAGAGUUCUAAACAAUUAAUCAUAGUAUUUAAUAAAAUGGAAAGGUUCAGAUUAAACUACUUGGGAAUAUGAAGAAAAUGUUCGGCGAUCAAUUUUAGAAGAAUUUAAUUAGAAUUAACAAUAGUUUUAAGAGUAAAAAUAAAAAAGUCUAAAAAAUGUUGCAUAACAAUUACCUGUAAUGCAAUAAGUACAAUAAAGUCUCAAACAUCCAAGUUAUUCUGAAGAACUUCUCUUAAAUAAAUAAAAAGAAAUGGCAUAAAAAUUUUGUAGUUCUUACCCUUAAAAAUUUGAUGAAAUUGAUAGUGUUCAUUUAAUGUUAACAAAUGAAGAUUGUGUAUUUGAAGUUAAAUGGAAACCUAGAGCAGAUGGAGUAGUUCCUAUUUCAGAUUUUUAUUAAUAUGAUUAAUUUAAGUUGGCUGCUCCAUUACUUUUUAUGAACUUUUUAGAAAAUUGCAUAGUUGGUCAUCAAAAUAGUACAGAUAUCAAAUUUUAUGCUCCUGGAAAAGAUAAUGUAGAAAGGGCUUAAUUAAUUAAGAAAAUCUUACUACAGAAUCCUAAAUAUACAGAUUCUAAUAAGUUAUCUAAUUAUGUUAUUGUUGAAGAAUAAAAAUAAUUUGAUCCUCCAGCACAAUAGUAAAAUAAAAAUACAAUUAUUAAUUUCACACAAUCUGAACAUAAAAAAACUAUUUUUAAUUAACAUCCAGAAUCAUAAGAUAAAAACUAAUGUUCAUAAUAAUUUGAUAGUGAAAAGAAAAAUCAAAUCAUUCUAUAAGAAUCAUCAGAAGUUUAAUAAUAAUUAGAUUCAACUUCAUAAUAGGAACACUAAUAACUGUCUAAUGAUGGAAGAGAACCUGGAGAAAUGGUUGAUCCUGAAGAUAAUUAAUAAAAUGAUGAAUAAAUGGAAUAGAGAUCUAUUUCUUUAGAACCUUAAAAAUGA